AAGUCAAAUUGUACCAAAGUCAUUCCACAUUUGUAUAAAAGAGCACCUGGUAUUGAUGGAAGCAGAUGUUGUAAGAUAAAAUACUCAGCAUGUAGGAUUUGCAGUCGCACUGUACUAUCACUUCUAGACUGCCAGCAUAAACACAAGAGGGCGAUGCUCUUCAGCUUUUGGCAUGACGGCUUCAGUAGGUUUAUCUCACUAUGCACAUAGCUGGCAACACAAGACGUAUCAGGUCUGGUUUUCUAUUUCGAAACUGAGACAUGAGUUGUAUAAUUGCAGAUGCCGGAAGAUCACAUUUGUUAGAACAGUGAGAGUUUGAUGGUUAAACUUUUCUCAGCUGUACACAUCUCACAAAGACUGACCAAUGGAUAUAUUGUCUUUACUUUGUAUUGUCUCUGUGACUCUUACAGGUUUAACCAAAGGAGUCGGUGUGUUGCCAGAUGGACCUCUGAAUGCAGCUGUUGGAGGGACAGUGAUAUUCAACACAACACUGACUCCACCAGAAAAACCAUUUCUGGUAGUGGCCUGGAGUGUUAUUACUAACAAUACUGAAAGACCUAUCAUAACCGCCACCUCUUCAAACAACACUGAUUCAGAGUAUGAAGGCAGGAUCACCCUCUACAGAUCUAUUGGAUCUCUGGAGCUCAGGGAUCUGACUCUUCAUGACAGUGGAAAGUACAGAGUUAGCAUUAUAUCAGAUGGAGGAAACCAGAUAAUAGGAUCCACCGAACUGAAGAUAUUUGUGCCAGUCUCCAAUGUGAAUUUAGAAGUCAGCAGCACAGACUUGGUGGAGUUCAACAGCUCUGUCAUUCUUUUCUGCUCUUCCUCUGGAUCCUCCCUCUCUUUCGUCUGGCUGAACGGCAGCUCUGAGAUUAAACCCAGAGAGAGAGUUCAGCUCACUAAUGGACACUCCACUCUCACUAUAUCCAGUGUGACCCGCUAUGACCAGGGACCAUACAGAUGCAAAGUGUCCAAUGCUAUCAAUGAAGGCACCAGUGGUCCAGUAAAUCUUUCCAUCAGCUUUGGCCCAGAAAACAUUAAUUUAUCUCCAACACGAGAAUACUAUGUGGAAGGGUCAAACAUCAGCCUGUCCUGCUCAGCUGCCUCCAGACCCCCUGCUCAGUUUCACUGGUUUCUGAAUGGAGUCAAGCUGUCUGAUACUGGACCAGAGCUCACACGGAUUAACGUUCAGGAGAGUCAAAGUGGGAACUACAGCUGUCAAGCCUUUAACAACAAAACUCUGAGAUAUCAAACAUCUCAGCCUUCAGCUAUAACUGUACUGGAGAGAAUUUCUAGUGUUAAUAUCACAUCAACAGACCAAAUGAUUGAGGGGAACUCUGUCAACCUAACCUGCGAUGGUGCUGGCUCUGACUUUACCAGAGAGUGGAUGAAGGACGGGUCCUCACUGACUCCAGCUGAGGACGAGAACAGAGUGUUGUCUUUUCUCUCUCUGAAGAAAACAGACAGUGGAGAAUAUUUGUGUAAAAUCAGCAACCCCGUCAGCUUUGAUGAAGCUAAAUACAGCAUGGUUGUUAACUAUGGACCAGAGGAUGCUCAAAUCACAGGACAAAGUUGGAUAAACGUUGGAGAGACCUUAAACUUAGCCUGCUCUGCUGCGUCCACACCAUCUGCCAGUUACACCUGGUUACUGAACGGGAUAGAGAUAUUAAACAAUUCUGCUGUGUUCACUAAAGACAUGACUGAACUUUCUGACAGUGGCAACUACACCUGUCAAGCACUGAAUAAUAAAACUGGGAGAACAUCAUCUGCAGAACAUCAAUUGUCUGUAACAGAGGAAACACUUGCAUGUGGAGCUGGUUGCAUCGCAGGAUCAGUAGUAGCAUGUUGUGCCAUCGUUGGUGGAGCUGUUGGUGGAGGAUUCUACUUUUUUAAAAAACAGAUGGAACAAAUCUCUAAUGAGAUCACCUCCUCCGGAACAGGAGGUGAAGGCUUGGACAACACAGCAUACACUGGAGAUCAGGAGCUGAAAUAUGCAGCCAUCAGUUUCCCCCAGAACCAGGAUGAUGGGACAGUUCUGCAGGAGCUACAGAAUAACGCAACAGAAUAUGCUCAGAUCCAAGGGAACCGCAAUCCUGCUCCUGCAUCCUCCAUUCCUAGCUAUGAUGAACACAUACAGCGAAUGAAGAUGGCAAUUUCUCAGUAUAGUACUGACGGUGCACAAAUCUUUGCUCAAGUCCUCGAGAACUGACCACAGCAGGAUAUGAUGGAUCAUCUAAUGAGGUCAGACGGGAAGCCAGAACCUGCACUUCCCUCUCUGCUCCUUUAUGGAUGAUAAUUUGGAUUUGGGUUUACCUAGACAAACCACUUUUGCAGUGGUUAAUGAUCAACCUGUUAUUGCCAUGACUGAGGUUGUAAAGCACAAUGAUGCCCUUUUAGUUUGGAUACACAUAAUAGCUUUCAUUUCCCUUUUGUAUGGGGACAGUCUGUUUGCUUGAGCAUAAUGUUUGACACCUCUCUGGCAUCAUAUUUGACUCCACACGUAUACUAUGAUAUCUCCAAUGAAAUUCCAGUUUGCAGCUUGUCAGUUUUGGAUACAUUUUUUCUAUAUAUUUUAUAUCGUACAAAUGAAAAAAUAUCAGUUAUUUAAUAACAUUUUAUUUAUGUUUCAGUGGUAUUUGUCAUGACAUGGAUGCUCCUUGAUAUCGAUGGAGCUUGUUAAUUGAGGUUAUCAUAACAAUAGUGAACUAUUAUGACCUCGCUGUGGUGGAAAUAUGUACAGUGUCUUAUCUAUUGGUCCAAAGGAACCUUCGUAAUUUAAUUUUAUGAUAGUAAAGUUAAACUUUAUUAUCCCAAAAAGGGAAGGUCCGCAACCACAAUAAUCCAAAACAAAUGAAUAAUACAAUAAUAAUCAAUAACAAGGGAUUUCUCUCUGAUCCCACUGAAACAAAAGAAAAAAUACUUGAAGUUGAAGGAAUGUCAAAGUGAUGUCCAGUGGUUAUUUGGUGGACAUCUUCAGAGAUGAGAUGGCUUGAAUCUUAAAGUCUUUCCAGCAGGUAUGAAGAAACUUUUGCCGAGAAAUAUCUCAAUUGUCAGUGAUGAUUAGAGUAAUUCAGGUCAUGUUUAUUGUAAAUGUCAGUAAAAUGUGUGAUUUUAUAAGAUAAUAAAGUACUUUAUCUUUUAGCACAUCACCCUGAAGGCCUCGAGGCAACACGGAAGUUAUUCAGAUUAGUGAAAUAAUGCAAAUGGAAAGGAGAAGCUAGUUUAUAUCAUCACAUACACCUAAGUGUAUAAAUAAUAUCUAUUCAAAACCUAAUAUAACUGAAUGUCACACCUGUAGACAAUCUAACUUUCACAAAGACAUUUGUUAAUUACACUAUAUAAUGUAAAGUAUCAUAGUUUAACGAGUUAGACAUACCUGUAUUGAUUUUUGAGUUUUCCUGGUAGAUUUUUUGAUCGAUUUUUUUAACAAGGGUCAGGGAUCAGUGUUGCACAAUACAUUUAAUUGAAGCAUUGUAGAUACAAAGAUUUAAGAAAUGAGCCUUCUUAUAAAGCAAUGAUUUGUUUUAUGUUCAUUACAAAUGAGAUGAAGAGAAUGAAGAUGAAGUCUCCCACACAGAGCUUGGCGUUGUGAAUUAUGCCCUGUCAAGAUUUAAUGAGUAACUAAUAGAGGGAGGGGCCCCCUGUUAGUUACUCAUUACUAAAGAUCAAACUCCCUGUGAAUUAUUCACGUUUGAUUUCACGUGCAUUAGGAGGAAGUUCGUUUUUGACAAACUUAACUUUUCACAUCUCAGUAUUUCUCUAUUCUGAUGUGGUUACCAGUAUCCUGUGUACACUUUGUGCAGUAUGUUUUCUGUUCAUCCUGAAUAUAGCCUUCCCCUUAUAACCUUCCCCUUAUAACCUUCCUCUUAUAGCCUUCCUCUGGUGUGGCAUGUUAUGCUUCAAGCCGCCAGUGUGAUGAAUGUUUCACCAGUUUGCCUUUUCACCAAUGAAAAAAUGCAGUGAAUGUAACUCUCGGGUUGUGGAUAUUGUAUUUGUAAUCAUGUGAUUGCUCAU